AUGGAUAUUCAAACGUUUGUAUUUUUUGAUUUGGAAACAACUGGGCUGAUCCAGGGGAAUAUCGUACCAAGAAUUACAGAAAUUGCUUUAGUCGCCGUCUCAAAAGAAUCAUUACGUAAUGGUAACAAAAAUUGCCUGCCAAGAAUUUUACAUAAAUUGGUACUUCCAGUUAAUCCGCAAAAAGUUAUACCAGUAAAAGUGCAGAACAUGACAAAACUGUAUAAUGAAGAUAUGCAGGUACUGCAGCCUUUCGAAAGUGAACUUUAUGAAUUAAUAAUAUACUUUUUACAACGUCUCACACCGCCAAUUUGUUUCGUAGCGCAUAAUGGCAAUAAAUUUGAUUAUCCGAUAUUCUUAGAGGAACUCAAACGUAUCAAUAAGAUACUUAGUGACGAAAUCCUCUGCAUUGAUACAUGGAAAAUGUUCGACGAUUUCUUUAAGAAAAAAAACUUGCAACCUACACUAUUUCAAGAUUUGUUGAACGAUGAGUUCAAUGACUCGCUCUCCACGUUGGAUAUGGACGUGGUGACAGAGGAAGAACCCAAAAUUAUUGCGACGACAUCCACCGCGCAAACAAUGUUUCUCUGUGACGAUAAAUAUAUCAAAGCUAUAAAUAAAAAAGUAGAUAACUGUAACAAUGAUGUUGAUGUCCAAUCGUCGAAGAAUUUUAUACAACAGGUGAACGAAAAAACACCAAAGGCUCAAAAAACGAAGCUGGAAAAUAGCUUUGUGCAGCGACCAGUCAAGAAAAACAAUUUGACUUCGAAGAUCAUCAUACAGCUGAGGCAGACUGUCUUGCUAUGA